AUGUCGAGACGGAAGAACAGUGCAUAUGAGGACCCUUUCGCGCGGAAAGAAAGCGUAGAUGAGGGUGAUGUUCAAGAUGCAGAGAUUGACUAUCAAUCAAUGGAGUGGUGGCAAGCAGCAAUGAUCAUGAUUGCCGAGACGAUUUCGCUGGGGAUCCUUUCGCUACCUUCGGUACUUGCGAGGAUUGGUCUCGUGCCUGGACUAAUAUUGCUCGUUGGACUUGGAAUAAUUGCGACUUAUACCGGAUGGGUUAUCGGACAGUUCAGAAUGAAGUACCCAUGGGUCGUUUCCUUUGCAGAUGCAGGCGAGAUUCUCUUCAAGCCGCUAAAGAUGGGUGCCAUCGGCCGCGAAGUCUUCGGCGCAGCACAAACGAUUUUCUUGAUCUUCACCAUGGCCAGUCACAUCUUGACCUGGACGAUCUGCCUGAACACCAUAACAAACAGCGCUACCUGCACCGUUGUCUGGGCAGUAGUUGGACUGGUUAUUUUCUUUAUUUUCGACUUGCCUAGGACUCUCAAGAAGGUUUCGUUCAUGUCCAUCGCGUCCUUCAUCUCCAUUUUCUCUGCUGUGAUGAUCAGCAUGAUUGCGAUUGGCAUCCACAAGCCCAGAGGCAAUACGCCGCUGGCUGCAACUACGGUAUUGCCAUUUACAGACGCCUUUGUUUCUGUCAGCAACAUCAUUUUCGCUUACGCUGGUCAUUCAUGCUUCUUUGGCUUCCUUGCCGAGAUGAAGGAUCCCAAAAAGGACUGGACGAAAGCUUUGAUCUUCCUGCAGACGUGGGACAUUGGCCUCUACAUUGUUGCCGCAACCGUCAUCUAUGUUUACGCUGGUCCCGAUGUCAAGUCACCCGCUCUCGGAUCAGCUGGUCCAGUCAUCAAGAAAGUAGCUUGGGGAAUUGCUAUUCCAACUAUCAUCAUUGCAGGCGUCAUUUACGGCCAUGUCGCUGCGAAAUACAUCUUCGUACGCUGCUUCAGAGGCACAAAACACAUGACCAAGAAAACUAAGACCAGCACUCUUGCAUGGACUGGAAUUACUCUUACAAUCUGGGUCAUCGCCUGGGUUAUUGCCGAGUCAAUCCCCAACUUCAACGACUUGCUUAGUUUGAUCAGUGCUCUGUUCGCCUCUCACUUCACCUACACGCUAAGUGGUGUGUUUGGGCUGUUUUUGAACUAUGGACACUGGUUCGACAAUUGGAAGCAGAUCACGCAAUUCAUCGCCAAUUGGGCGGUCAUAUUGAUUGGUGCGACAGUAUGUGUUGCUGGACUGUACAGUUCAGGCACAGCGAUUGCUGCCGAUGGAGGAAAUGGGUCAUGGACAUGCAAGAGCAAUGCUCAGUAA